ACAACCAAAAAGGAAAUAUUAAGAAACAAAGAUACACAGAUAUCCAUGGAGGGCAAAAGGCAAGGAAGGAACAAAGUCCUUCCAACCAAUGCCUUAUGCAUUGGCGGCGAAGGAGGGAUUGCGGGUCUUUUUGUAUUCGGUGGAGCUUUGGCCAUUGCAGGUUUCAUGGCAGUUGCAUCUUUCGCCAGCAACAAGCAAAAGGCAAAGGCCACCCAUGAUCAACAGACAAAACCGAAGCCCCAACAAUUGCUGUUGGAUGAACAUGAAUGUAAGAGUGAAGACGAUCAUGACACCACCCAAAGUCUCACGUCUCUCGUUAAGAACUCAUCAAUCGGAAAUCGAGAUGCCACAUGCUAUUGGACAUCCAAUACGAACCUCGACCAAGAGGAGAAAAGUGAGCUUAAACCCAGAAGUGGUGAUCAGGAGAGCCCAACCUGCUUUCAACAUCAGGAAAUUGUGUUUUCUGACUCUUCGCCCCCACAAAGUGCGGCUUCGUCGAACGUAAGUGGGGUUGCGGAAGAAUGCAUGGUGUCAUUGUUUAACAGACCCAUUGGCCAAGAACAAGAGCUGGAUCAAAAGGAUGAAAUACCUCAAGACGAUCUAGCAUCCUCAGAAACAGAAACUGGAACCGAGGAUGAUGAGGAGGAGGAGGAGGAUGAGCUGAUGUCGGAUGAAGUUUCAGAGUCUGGCUCAGAGGAUACCUCAAAAGAAACAGGGACCACCUCCCUGGAAUACAAGGAGGAGCAAGUUUGGCCGUCAGAGCUGGUACAACAUGCAAAGGAAAAAUUCAAGGGAGACAGCCAUGCCUGCUCUCUCUCUGAUGUGGAUAGCUCCGACUACGAGGAGGAGGUGACAAUGGCACACCAAGCAGAUUUGAACCAAAAUCUGAACUUAAUGGUUCCGAAUAAUCAAGCAUUAACCUGGGUUUUUCCCUUGCUGUUGCUAGCGCUGCUGAUGCUCUUGGUUCUACUCACCUAUCGUCCACAGGAGUCAUUUUAUGUACUAGAUGAUGAGGGUCAUUCGGUAGUGAGGCAAAUUUAG